UUUCUUUGUUUUUCCAGAAAUAAAAAAAAAAACACCAACAACCAGGAUAUUUAUUAAAGAACAGUUUUAAACUGCUGAAAGAGGUGAAGCACAAGCCGUCCACAAGAAUCUCCUGAAAACGCAGAAACUGUUUGAUACAUUGCACAGACAGAUGGAGCCAAGUCCCGACAUGGAGGAACAUCAGCACUCUGUAAAGAGUGUUACUAAACAGAGUGAUCUCAAUAUACACCAGCGCAUUCACACAGGAGAGAAACCGUAUCACUGCUCAGACUGUGGAAAGAGUUUUAAACAACAGAGUAAUCUCAAAAAACACCAGCGCAUUCACACAGGAGAGAAACCGUAUCACUGCUCAGACUGUGGGAAGAGUUUUAAUCAACAGAGUAAUCUCAAAAAACACCAGCGCAUUCACACAGGAGAGAAACCGUAUCACUGCUCAGACUGUGGGAAGAGUUUUAAUCAACAGAGUCAUCUCAAACUGCAUCAGCGCAUUCACACAGGAGAGAAACAGUAUCACUGCUCAGACUGUGGGAAGAGUUUUAAUCAACAGAGUACUCUCAAUAUACACCAGCGCAUUCACACAGGAGAGAAACCGUAUUACUGUUCAGACUGUGGGAAGAGUUUUAAUCAACAGAGUCAUCUCAAACUGCAUCAGCGCAUUCACACAGGAGAGAAACAGUAUCACUGCUCAGACUGUGGGAAGAGUUUUAAUCAACAGAGUACUCUCAAUAUACACCAGCGCAUUCACACAGGAGAGAAACCGUAUUACUGCUCCGACUGUGGGAAGAGUUUUACUACACAGAGUCAUCUCAAACUGCACCAGCGCAUUCACACAGGAGAGAAACCGUAUCACUGCUCAGACUGUGGGAAGAGUUUUACUCUACAGAGUACUCUCCAAAUUCACCAGCGCAUUCACACAGGAGAGAAACCGUAUCACUGCUCAGACUGUGGGAAGAGUUUUACUACACGGAGUAAUCUCAAAAAACACCAGCGCAUUCACACAGGAGUGAAACCGUAUUACUGCUUCGACUGUGGUAGAAGUUUUACUAAACAGUGUAAUCUCAAAAUACACCAGCGCAUUCACACAGGAGAGAAACCGUAUCACUGCUCAGACUGUGGGAAGAGUUUUUAUCAACGGAGUAAUCUCCAAAGACACCAGCGCAUUCACACAGGAGAGAAACCGUAUCACUGCUCAGACUGUGGGAAGCGUUUUUAUCAACGGAGUAAUCUCCAAAUACACCAGCGCAUUCACACAGGAGAGAAACCUUAUCACUGCUCAGACUGUGGGAAGUGUUUUACUACACGGAGUAAUCUCAAACUGCACCAGCGCAUUCACACAGGAGAGAAACCGUAUCACUGCUCAGACUGUGGGAAGAGUUUUAAUCAACAGAGUACUCUCAAACUGCACCAGCGCAUUCACACAGGAGAGAAACCGUAUCACUGCUCAGACUGUGGGAAGAGUUUUACUACACAGGGUACUCUCAAACUACACCAACGUAUUCACACAGGAGAGAAACCAUAUCACUGCUCGGACUGUGGGCGUAGUUUUAGUCGUCAUGGUACUUUCAAACUGCACCAGCGUGUUCACACAGGAGAGAAACCGUAUUACUGCUCAGACUGUGGGAAAUGCUUUUCUUCAGAGAGUCAUCUAAAAAAACACCAGCGCAUUCACACAGGAGAGAAACCGUAUUACUGCUCAGACUGUGGGAAGAGUUUUACUCAACAGGGUAAUUUUAAACUGCAUCAGCGCAUUCACACAGGAGAGAAACCGUAUUACUGCUCAGAGUGUGAGAAGUGUUUCUCUACAGAGAGUCAUCUAAAAAAACACCUGCGCAUUCACACAGGAGAGAAACCGUAUCAGUGCUCAGACUGUGAGAAGAGUUUUAAACAAGCGAGUCAUCUCCAACUACACCAGCGCAUUCACACAGGAGAGAAACCGUAUCAGUGUUCAGAUUGUGGGAAGAGUUUUAAACAACAUAGAACUCUCAAAAUACACCAGCGCAUUCACACAGGAGAGAAACCGUAUCAGUGUUCAGAUUGUGGAAAGAGUUUUAAUCAACAGAGUACCCUUAACCUGCACCAGCGCGUUCACACAGGAGAGAAACCCUAUCAGUGCCCAGAGUGUGGGAAGUGUUUUAAUCGUGAGAGUAAUCUCAAAAUACACCAGCGCAUUCACACAGGAGAGAAACCGUAUCACUGCUCAGAGUGUGGGAAGUGUUUUAAUUUACAGAAUACUCUUAAACUGCACGAGCGCAUUCACACAGGAGAGAAACCGUAUCACUGCUCAGACUGUGGCAAGAGUUUUACUCAACAGAGUAAUCUCAAACUGCAUCAACGCAAUCAUCACACAGGAGAAAACUGUCCCAAAUCUGUUCCACUGACAUAAAGAGUGCAAAUCCUAAAUAUUUCGGACAUCAAAAACACCUUAUCCAAUGCAAAAUCUUUCCAAAAUUGAAUCCAGUCUUCUGAAUAGACAACACCCUUUCUCACGGCUACACAUCUGUUAAGUCCUCUCAAAUCAAAUAUUCAUGUGGAAGGAGCUUUAAAGGAAUGCAAAUUGCCCUUCCCACAAACACAGACACUCUACAUUGACGUUUUAUUGACUCAUUUGGCUUUUUCUCCCGAACAGGACCUGGUAGAAAUCCAUGUCAACACAAUUGACCACAAAUGAAGGGUUUGGAUCAACAGUCAUAAACUUAACAUAAACUUAACAUGUUCAUAAUGUUAUCGGAGUUCAGAUCAGCCAAGAUAAAAAAAAAAAAACAAGAUUAAGUGACUGUAAAAUUCUCCCCUGGAUUAUGCCCCAAGCACCAACGAAUGUUGUCUCCUGGACGAAAGUCGUCGUCUGGAAUUGUUUUCCAAUUUAUGGUGGUUAAAGGUUCUGGUUUGGCUUCAUUAGUAAUGUGACUUUUGAUUUCUUUUAAUUAAUACUUCAGGGUAUCUGGAAUAUGUUACAAACACAUUUGGAGGUAAAACUACAUUAUGUGCAUUUUGUCUUGGUUUGUAUAAGUUAAUAGUUAUGCGUUUUGCUUCAAGACACGUUAAAUUUAGAAUCAGAUUGCGUAAAAUAAUAUUAGUCCUAUAUACACUGUUUUUGUUCUCAUUAAUCAGUAUUAUAUUUUUUUAUUGUUUUUUUUUAACAAUUUGAGAAGCUACUUUUUGUUAGCUAAUAUUAGCAUUGUUUCCUGAUACUUACCUCAUUUACCAUUUAAGGAGCUGCAAUUUUAGUGUGUUUUCUCAAGACCUGAUGUAGGAGUUGCUGUAACCUGUAGUACCUAUUAUCUUGAGAUGAAUGUUGUGUUAUUAUGUAGUAAACAGUAACUGGCACCCAUUAACCGAA